ACUUGGUGACUUUGGACAUCAAAGUUAUUGCAAAUGGCUCCUGCGCGUCCGUAACCUAAAUAAAAAGAUAUUUAUUAUUUUUUAAUUGAAACGUUAAAAGAGCUUUCAUUCGAGUAAUGGGUUCGAAGAAACAUAAAAAAGAAUCGAAAAAGAGGAAGCACAGAAGUAGAUCCAGGUCUCCUUUGGAUGGUGAAGAGCGUGAACGAAAGAGGCACAGGAAACACAAGGAUCGCAAGAAAGAUCGCUCUCCGGAUGUGGAGGAGGUGCCGGUGGACUCGCACCUGGAGCGCGAGGCGGAACCCUCGCCCGCGCCCAGCAGCAGCUCCAGCGCUAGGAGACAUGAAGGAAGAGACAAAAGCCAGGAGUCGGAACGUGACUCGUCACCCACGCCCGCCUCGGGGUCGGCUCAGGAGAGUCUCUCCAUAGAAGAGACCAACAAACUGCGAGCCAAGCUGGGGCUGAAACCACUUGAAGUGCCAGAGAAACCUGCCGACGACGGUAAGUUCAAGGAUGACCUGGGAGAGUUCUACCACGUGCCCGCCUCCAACAUCGCCGCGCAGAAGAAAGCGGACAAGUUGAGAGAGAAGCUCGCCGAGAGGAGGGACAAGAGGGACAUCGACAACAAGUUACAGACCUCCCUGCUGGCCGAGGGUUCCGAUGAUGAAGACGCCUCCGCCUGGGUCAGGAAGACGCGGGACAUGGAGAAACAGAAGCAGGAAGCCGCCAAGAGAGCGGCUCUGCUGGACGAGAUGGACGAGGUGUUCGGUGUGGGCGCGCUCGUGGCGGACGACCAGCACCGAGACCGACAGGAGGCCUACCACCAGGAACAUCUCAAGGGGCUGCGGGUGGCGCACACUCUGGACGCGUUGCCCGAGGAGCGCGAGACGGUGUUGACGCUGGCGGACAAGGAGGUGCUAGCGGACGACGACGAGGAUGUACUCGUCAAUGUGAACAUCGUGGACGACGAGAAAUAUAAAAAGAACAUCGAGGAGCGCAAGAAGGCCCGCACGGGCUACCAGGCCUACGACGAGGAGGCCGACAUACAGGCCGCCCUGGGGUACAGCAGACCCGUGCUGGCCAAGUACGACGACGAGAUAGAACCCAGCAAGGGAGACAAGACCAGGGGCUUCUUCAUAGGAGACGAGGACGCGCUCAUGGAGCAGAAACUGAAGGACAUGAUGCGUGCGGAACUGAUAGCGGGCGGUCCGGAUAAAGUGCUGGAAUCGCUCCAGAGCACCGGCCUUAGACCCGCCAGCGACUACCUGCAGCCCGACGAGCUCCAGGCGAGGUUCAAGAAAGUUAAGAAGAAGGGCAAAAUACGUAAGAAGGCCAAGCAGGAGCCCAUAGACGUGGAGGAGCACGAGGCGGGCUCCGUGCCUCUGGACACCGAUGACACGGAGAUCAGCCAGGAGGUGACUGCGCCUGUUCUGGACGAAGACGAAGUGGAGGUGGACACGGAGUUACAGGCGGCGCUCCAUCGCGCCAGGAGACUGAGGCAGGGAGGGGACCAACACAGGACUCCUAAGCUGGAGGAGAUCCUCCAACAAAUUAAAGAAGAGAAAACGGAAGAGAGUCAAGAAGCCGGGGGCAGCAUGGUGCUGGAUGCCACCGCCGAGUUCUGUCGCACGCUCGGGGACAUACCGACAUACGGCCUGGCGGGGAACAGGGAACAUACCGCCGAGAUCAUGGACUUCGAUCGCGAGGAAGCCGAGCCGGAGCCGGAGAGCGGAGCCAGCGGCGGCGCCUGGAGCAGGGUCGACGUGCGCACAGACCGGCCUGCCGACCUCGAGCAUGAAGGAGCGUCGGGCGCCGGGCUGGAGGCAGAGCCCGCACUGGGGGCCGGCGUGGCGGGUGCGCUGCGACUGGCGCUCAGCAAGGGCUAUCUGGAGAGAGACGGCGCACUGCCCGCUCCUAGACCGACACGCUCCUCACUGGCCGCGCUCGCCGCGCUGCACUACUCCAUCGAGGACAAGACUUACGGCGAGGACGACAAGUACGGUCGGCGCGAGAGAGGAGGUCACUCGGGACCUCUGAGCGAGUUCAGGGAGAAGAGUGACUUCAGACCCGACAUCAAGCUGGAGUACGUCGACGACGACGGGCGACCGCUCUGUCCCAAGGAGGCCUUCCGCUACCUCUCCCACAAGUUCCACGGCAAGGGACCCGGCAAGAACAAGCAGGAGAAGAGAAUCAAAAAGGCCGUGCAGGAGGGACUGAUGAAGAAGAUGAGUUCCACGGACACGCCUCUCAACACGUUACAGAUGCUGCAGCAGAAACAACGAGAGACACAGUCGCCCUUCGUGGUGCUCAGCGGCGCCAAGAGAGACGCGCCCAACUGAGCGCGCCCGGCCACGGCCCUCAGACACUUAGCAGUCGAUGUCCCGGUGCGCACAACGAUCGUCUCAUUAAGAUAGGAACCGUGAACAUGCUGUACCAAACCGAGUCAGCGGCUUGUGACGUCAUAAAGCACCUAUAUUUUAAUAAAUUAAUAGGACAGAA